AUGAGGAGUGUGACAGUGUCCACUCUACAUGUUGCACCCAUUGUUUUAGCUCUUCUGUAUCUCUGUCCCGGACGGCGCUGCCUUGAGAUCAGCCCAGCCGACACCGAGUUCAUCCUGGACCCGGGUUCCUCUCUCACCCUGACGUGUUCAGGAUCAAAGGAGGCGGCCUGGGAGUUCAAGAGAGAUGACGCCCCUUAUUUCCAAAUGGACCACGUGCAGCAUGGCAGAAGGAGCUUCCAGAUUGUCCAAAAUAGUGACAUGACCAGUGUGAUGACCCUGCUUGAUGUGAGCUGGAAGCACAGUGGAGUUUACCUUUGCAUCGAUCAAGUGACGGGAGAAAGUCGAGAAGCUGUUGUUUUUGUUCCAGACCCUGAUGUGUGGUUCAUCAAAAGCUUCCAUGGGAUGGUGGCCCAGACCAGUGCUGAAAGCACCAUCCCCUGCUUGGUGACCAACCCCAACAUCAGAGUGUCCCUGUUUGAGAAGGACACUGAAGUUUCUGUGACGGCGGCGUAUGAUCCACUCGAGGGCUUCAGGGGACAGUUUGAGGACCGGACGUAUGUGUGCCGCGGAGAGCUGAACGGCGAGGUGAAGGAGUCCCAGGCCUUCAAUGUCAUCACUAUUGUGGUCCCAGAGACCGUCGACCCCUACAUAAACGCUUCCAAAACGGUGCUGAAGAAAGGAGAGCCGCUGACGGUGAACUGCACGGUGCACGGUGUGGAGCUGGCCUACUUUUCCUGGAAGUUCCUCAACAGAGAGCUGACCGAGGUGGAGCCGCUGGCCGAUGGGAUGUCCUCCACAUACAUGCGCUCGUGCCUCAUCUUCCCCCAAACUUCCGUCGCGCAAAGCGGAAACUACGAGUGUCACGUCCGCGAAGGCGUGAAGGGCCAGACCGCCUCAGCCCAGGUCAACGUCACCGUCCUGGAUCGUGGUUUUGUGAACGUGAGACCCGCUCAUCAGCUCCAUGUUUCUGCAAAGAUGCAAGAGAAUGUGGAGCUCAGAGUGGAAAUCGAGGCCUAUCCUCCUCCUCAGGUUUACUGGAGGAAAGGCGGCUCGAGGAUCAGAGGAGACAAAACCGUCAUCACCCGACAAGAGCAGGAGACCAGGUAUGUCAGCAUUCUCACCCUGGUCAGAGUCCGGACGGAACAGAAAGGACUCUACACAGCUCUGGUUACUAAUGGAGACGACACUAAGGAAAUCUCUUUUGACUUGGAGGUGCAAGUUCCCGCUCAGAUCAAAGACCUCAGCGAUCACCCUCUCCCUGGAAAACAGCACACAGUCACAUGUUUGGCUGAGGGUGUCCCGGCUCCAUCCAUCCAGUGGUUCAGCUGCAACAGUAUGCUCAAAUGCAGUAACAAAAGUGCAGUGUGGCAGCCGCUGGUCCCGGAGCCAGAGGUGCAGAGCGUCCACACCAACGCCAGCUUCAGCGAGGCCCGAAAAGUGACCCAGGUGUGGAGCCAAGUGACCUUCCACAAACCUCAGCAUGUGACGGUGCGCUGUGAGGCCAGGAACAGAGCGGGACACGCCGACAAGAGAGACGUCAAACUAGUGUCCAGCACGUUGUUCUCCCAGGUGGCAGUGUUGGCUGCAGUUCUCGCCCUUGUGGUCAUCAUUAUCAUGUCCUUCAUUAUUCUUAUUGCCGUUUGGAGGAAGAAACCUCGCUAUGAGAUCAGAUGGAAAGUGAUCGAGUCUGUCAGUCAGGACGGUCAUGAAUACAUCUAUGUGGACCCCAUACAUUUGCCCUAUGACUUGAUUUGGGAGAUGCCCAGGGAUCACCUGGUGCUGGGUCGAACGCUCGGGUCUGGAGCUUUCGGCAGGGUGGUCGAGGCAACUGCGUACGGCCUCACGCACUCCCAGUCCAGCACAAAGGUGGCAGUCAAAAUGCUGAAAUCUACUGCGCGGAGGUCCGAAACGCAGGCGCUGAUGUCCGAACUCAAGAUCAUGAGCCAUCUUGGACCACACCUCAACAUCGUGAACCUACUGGGAGCCUGCACCAAACAGGGCCCGCUGUAUCUGGUCACUGAGUACUGUCGCUAUGGAGACCUGGUGGACUACCUACACAGGAACAAGCACACCUUCCUUCAAUACUACGCAGAGAAAAACCAGGACAACGACUCGCUCAUCUCCACAGGAAGCACCCCUCUCAGCCAGCGCAAAGGCUACGUGUCGUUCGGAAGCGAGAGCGACGGCGGAUACAUGGACAUGACCAAAGACGAGCCGUGCCUGUAUGUGCCCAUGCACGAGCAGAGCGAUACCAUUAAAUACGCCGACAUCCAGCCGUCUCCAUACGAGGCCACCUAUCAGCAGGACAUCUACCAAGAGCAAGGUGGCGGCCGCUUGGACCUGGUCAUCAGCGACUCUCCGGCCCUCACCUACAAUGACCUGCUGGGGUUCAGUUACCAAGUGGCCAAGGGCAUGGACUUCCUGGCAUCCAAAAACUGUGUCCAUCGUGAUCUAGCUGCCAGAAAUGUAUUAAUCUGCGAAGGGAAGCUGGUGAAGAUUUGUGACUUUGGUCUCGCCAGGGACAUUAUGCAUGACUCCAACUACAUCUCCAAAGGCAGUACCUUCCUGCCCCUGAAGUGGAUGGCACCAGAGAGCAUUUUCCAUAAUUUGUACACCACCUUAAGCGACGUGUGGUCAUAUGGCAUCCUUCUAUGGGAAAUUUUCACCCUGGGCGGAACACCGUAUCCUGACUUGCCCAUGAAUGAACUGUUCUACAACGCUCUGAAGAGAGGCUACAGGAUGAACAAGCCGACUCAUGCUUCUGAUCAAGUACAUGAGAUCAUGAAGAAGUGCUGGGACGAGAAGUACGAGAAGAGGCCAGAGUUUUCCAGUCUGGUGGAAAGCGUCGGAACCAUGCUCAGUGACAGCUACAAGAAGAAAUACAUCCAGGUGAACGACAACUUCAUGAAGAGCGAGCACCCUGCAGUGUCCCGGGCCAAACCCAGACUCCCCGCAUCCCUCAGGUCAGCGUCGCCUCUACACCGCUCCUCUCCGUUGAGCCACAGCCAAGACCCCUGGACCCUCAGGCAGCAGCAGGCGGACUCACGGGACACGCUGCCCUCCUACAACGACUACAUCAUCCCCAUCCCGGACCCCAAACCAGAGGAUGGCUUCUCGGAUGUCCCAUCAGAGAGCCCGACAAGCUCCUUGGCUCUGGAGGAAGUGGAGACGGACUCCAUGGACAGCCUCCCCGAAGAGGAGCGGCUGGAGGAGGGCAGCGAGCGCAUGGCGUUACUGGGGCGCUCCGAGACGCCUGAGGUAGAAGACAGCUUCCUCUAG